GGCGAGUGUAGCGCGUGCUCGUGGGGGUCAGAGGAGCCGGACCCGACCAUGAGCGCGAGGAGUCACUUGCCCGGCUGACUGGGCUGCCGGAGUGAAGCACCCGCCAUGACGGACCUGGAGGACGAGGACCAGGAGAUCAACGUGGACACGGACAGCCGCUGCAGCGACGACGACAGCUGCUGCCCGAGCGACGCCACGACGGGCCUGCCCGCGACCCCCUCGCCGCCGCCGACCGCCGCCCUCAACUUCAGCAUCUCGCGGCUGCUGGGCAGCGACAGCAAGCCCCGCCCCCAGCAGCCGCCGCCGGAGCGGCCCCCCGCCGCCGCGCACCACGACGCCGCCGUCGCGGCCCACCUGUACUCGCUGCAGCGGCCGGGGGCGGCGCUGCUGUACGGCGCGGGCGUGAUCCGCGUGCCGGCGCACCGGCCGCCGCCGCUCGGCGUCGCGCCGCCCCCCUUCCCCUGGCUGGCGGCCGUCGACCCGGCGUCCCUGCACCGCAGCGCCGCCGCCGCCGCCUUCGCCUCGCACGUGGUCAAGGAGCGGCUGACAGCGACGUUCCCCAUCACGCGGCGGAUCGGCCACCCCUACCAGAACCGCACGCCGCCCAAGCGCAAGAAGCCGAGGACGUCCUUCACGCGGCUGCAGAUCGCGGAGCUGGAGAAGCGCUUCCACAAGCAGAAGUACCUGGCGUCGGCGGAGCGCGCGUCGCUCGCCAAGACGCUCAAGAUGACCGACGCGCAGGUCAAGACCUGGUUCCAGAACCGCCGCACCAAGUGGAGGCGCCAGACGGCCGAGGAGCGGGAGGCGGAGCGACAGGCAGCCAACCGCCUGAUGAUGUCGCUGCAGGCGGAGGCGCUCAGCAAGGGCAUGUUCCCGGCGGAGCGCGGCGGCGGCGAGCCGCCCCACGGGCCGGGGGCGGCGCUGCACCUGCCCCCCGCCGCCGCCGGCACCUCGCUCAGCGCGCUGCAGAACCUGCAACCGUGGGCGGGCCCGCCACCGCCCGACCACUACGGCCUCAACCCGCCGCUCGCGUCGCCCAUCUGCUGAGCCGCUCCGCAUCUAGGGCCCCGCUCCGCAUCUAGGGCCCCGCUCCGCAUCUAGGGCCCCGCGUCUUAUCUAGGGUCGCGUUCGCGUUACCCAUCUGCAAAUCGCUGUGCCCGCUCCACAUCUAGGGCCCCGUUCCGCAUCUAGAGCCCCACUCACGUCGCCCAUCUGCUGAGCCGCCCCGCCCCGCAUCUAGGGCCCCGCUCCGCAUCUAGGGCCCCGCUCCGCAUCUAGGGCCCCGCUCCGCAUCUAGGGCCCCGCUCGCGUCACCCAUCUGCGAGUCGCUGUGCCCGCUCUACAUCUAGGGCCCCGCUCCGCUCCGCAUCUAGGGCCUCGCUCAACAUCUCAUGGCCCCACUUACGUCACCCAUCUUCAAGUCGCUGUGCCCGCUCCGCAUCUAGGGCCCCGUUCCGCAUCUAGAGCCCCACUCACGUCACCCAUCUGCUGAGCCUCUGAGCCUCUCCCCGCUCCGAAUCUUUGGCCCCACUCACGCCGCGGUGUGCUCGUCCACCACGCUGCCAUCUCUGUCUCUCUUUGAUCCUCUUGGUCCUCUAAGCGAGUGUUGGGUUGGUUAACUAUGGUUUCAGAUGGUCAUUUAUCGCGAAACUGUUAUGCGCCACGCAGGUCACUUAUUGUCAUGGUUGGAAUUUUGUUUUGUAAGGCGUAAGGCGUAGUUAUUUCAGGAACCACAGACGCUUUUUUAUUGCAGCACGUGUCUCCUGAUUGGCUGAGUUAAGUGCGUGGAGCGAGCCUCGUUCAACUAUCAGAGCCAAUAAGAAGAGAUCCGGAAAUUUCGCGGAGUCAUUUUGGUUUCAGGUCUAAAUUCACAGUACUGCUACUGCUAGCUGGUUGUUGAUUGGCAAAUAGUCGUGGAGGGGAGUGUCUAGAGAAUUGUGAACCAAACAUCCAAGAUAUCCAAAGGCAUAAAUGUUUGCAGUCAAUUUUGUGACCAAUCGAAUUCGCGAGAUUUCCGUAUCUCUGCCGGUGAGGAAAUAAAUGCUACGAAAAUAGACGAAAGUGUGUUGAAGACUAUCAAGCAGUCAAAAUUUCUCGUGAUAAAUUACCGUCUGUAACCGUGUCAAAAGUGAAGUGGAAGCGUCCAGAUGUUUGCAAGGCAGCCUGGCUGUGAGAUGACAUGGUCUAGUGCCCGCGGUCAGAGACAGCGCUCUGCUGGACGCGCGGAGAGUCAUUGCACUUCCCUCUCGCAGCCGAGGAGGAGAGAGCGAGUGACAUGGCGGGGAAGAUCGUCCCUGACCCCAUCCCCCCCCCUCCCCCCGCCAUCCUGUAUCUUAGGCUUCCGCGGCCAGAGUCUGCCUUCUGCCUUCUGUCUUCUGGCUCCUGGCUUCUGGAUCAAGCCCACGACCGUAAGAACGAGUAUGUGCGCACUUAAAGGUGGGUUUACAAUUGAAAAAUAAAACAUAAUAAUUAUAAAAUUAACCUGUCCGCCCUUGAACGCACGGUUAAGUAAAAAGCAAGGAUUCCCAGUUUUCGUAGGCAUUGUCUGCAAUUUUUUUAAUGAAUUAUGGUUAAUAAUCGUUUCUGAUUAAUAAUUUUUUAAUGUAAUAUUUUUAUUAAUGGUGACAUUUGUUGUUUAGGAGCCUACUUAAAACACUAAAAAUAUAGCAACGAUUGAACCUAAAAAUUCAGCACGUACUAAAAUAUAAUUCAUACAGAAAGCAGAAUCACCUAUUAUUAAUUUUAAUAUACAAAUACUAAUACAUUUAAUGCUAGUAAUCAUCAAUUUCGAGCCCAUUCAGGCAUAAAACGGCUUUACAAUAAAAAUAUGUAUAUACAUGAAUUAUGGAUACGUUUAUUAUAGACAAUAAAAACUAACCACAAACAUAUCAUAAUAAUUAAUUCUCAAAAUCACAAAACAAAAAUAAAAUUUUCAUCAAUGUUUUAUAAUAUUUGGUUAAUUCUCUUCCUAAUUAUUAUAACGUUUCUUGAUAUGCUGCUAAUAAUUCCUUAAUUCCAAUUACUUUAGUUAAAUCAUAACCUGCUUUUUCCCAAGGGAACAUUAUUUCGCAUCAACAACACAACCUAUUGUACUCUAAUUGGGCACACCCCAUGAUUUCAAACUUUCCGUGCAUGCCACGACUGGCAUAACAAUUUUCCUUUAAGAUCCUUAAAACCAUUAACAAUGGCCUUGUUUAGUAGAAAAGCCUUAUUCAGACUCAAACUCCAGUACUGGAGUAGAAAACAUCCUUAGUCAAAAUGUCAGUCGCUGCCGCGAACGUCGUCACUUUGACGUCACAGAUGGGCGAACGUCAUUGGUAGAGACCUGCAAAAUUCGCGGAUUCAUUCGGUUAGAGGCUAAAAUUCAAACACAUAUACCUCUUAUAUAAUUUUUCUAUUGGCUUACUGUUCACCUGGACGAAUCUCAACCAAUUAUAAACCCUCAACCAAAGAAGGAUCGAAUCACAGACAAACCAGCUGCGACGACUCACAAGUCGGCAGCCAAUGAACUUGCGUUAUUUUCCCGAGUGUACAGGGGUAUGUGCAGUGUAUACUGAAGGCCAUCGAAACCGCGAAUUUUGCAGGUCUCUAGUCAUUGGGUAGGAAAUUGUUUUGCUCGCCUUGCGCUACUGUGAGUCCACAAUCAAAGAAACUUUUUUCGUAUACUAUUCAUUUCGCCGACAUCAGAUGUCAUAGGCUCGAGUAAGUUGACGCCCGGCUACAGUUGCAAUGUCCCGAAUUGUGUCUGACUGGUCCACGUUGCACUCUAACGCCACACGUGGUGUGGGCUAUGGUCCUAAUAUACUGGCUAUUCCCGGUCUGUGGCCUUUGGUAGCGUAACAUUUGCUGUUUCCUGUUCCCGUUUCAAGAAGGUAAGCAGAAAAUAACGGAGGGUGUUGUAGGAGACCAGGAAGACCGAGACAAAAUUACGAUUAGUGCUAUCCGUUUGAAACCGGCGCUUUUGAAAAGCUGAACACGCGAAUUUAAUUAUUUUACCAGUGUGCUUGGAUCUCAUUUAUUAACAUUAUCACAGAUUAACUGAAUAUAUAAAAUUUAGCUGCGUAACAAUUUGCAAAGCCUGAAAACAAUUUUUAAAAAAAUCGAAAAAACACUUAUUUUGACGCUAUAUUUUUCCACCCUCUGGUGACUACUUUAGAAAUCAGUAGUUUCGGGCAUCGGACAUCGCAAUGGUAGACAGGACAGAUGUCCGUGCUACACUAGGAUAGGGACACGGACCGCCCACAGGUUCGGACGGACACGGACAGGGCUUCACUCACGCAGCGAACACGUACCGUAGUUACCUUGCCUUGUGUAGCAGUAACAACAAGGCCGUGCGCGCAAGACUUGACCGCCAUGUUCUCCAGCCUGCUGAUUCACAACAGUGCGCAGCACGGUCGUGCGCGUAGAAGGGAAACGAAUAUAUUACAUUUCUGUUACGGACGCACGGCGCAACAGCCAAUGAGAGUAGAGUAGCAAGCCAUCUUGACGGGACUAGAGAAUUGUUCAUAUUUAUCAAUCAUAUUUAUAGACCUGAACAAAUUUGCGGAUUCAUUUCUUGAUAGUCUAGAAUAAAAAACGUUUGCCUUUUUACGGCAUCAGUGAUUGGGCCACAGUUUAUCUGAAUGACACUCGGCCAAUGAAAAACUUUCAAAAAAAGAAGUAUCGAAUGAUUAACGUCCCAGUUAACAGGCGACACGAGUCAGUAGCCAAUGAGCAGAAGUAAUUUUCCCGUGUGCAUAGAGGAUCAUGGAUUCUAUCCUACAGGUCAUCGAAAUCGCGAAUUUUUUCCGGUCUCUAAUCAUAUUGUGGCAAAAAUUUUUCGAGAUAUUACAAUGCUGAGGUGUGAACCCUGCUUUAAAAUAUAAUUAAUGCUACUACUUAAGUCACUAGCAAAAACUGUAAAUAAAAAAAACAUGUUCAUGGUUGGAAUGGUUAACUAAAAAUUUUAUAUAAUUCUUGUUUAUUUAUAUGAGCUCAGAAAUUGCUGGUCAGAUGUUACGCAAUAGUUGUUUGGUAGUUAAUAUACGAUUUUUGAUUGGCUGAGUUAACAGCCAUAUUUCAGUUGUGAACCCACCUCUCACAGGUCAUGCGAAUGGCCCGCCGUGCGCUCGCUCGUGAACCUAGCCUUAGCGGUGUUCCAGUGAAAGUGACGUCAUCCUUCUUGGAGGAAGAUCUUGCCCGACGUAGUCUGUCUCUGUCGCUCUUGUGCUGGUGCGGGUGUCUUAACCUCUGUCCCUCUUCCACACGAUGAAAAAAAAAUGAACUGCAAAAAAGUCUUCGUACGUGACAUUCGAAGGCGAUGCAGAGUACCUAGGUAUUGUCUAGUUGCUAGACGUAGACGAACUGAAUGUGUCUGACUGUACGUGAACAUUUUAUGCGAAGGAAAAAAACUAUGUAAAUAAGAGAUUGAUGAGUAUUUUGUUCGCUUUACGUUUGAUGUUUGACAACGACAUGCACGAAGUUGUUAAUUAUUUAGUUGUUUAUAUGUUGCAAUUUUUAUUUUUUAUUUUGUCGAGCGGUCUGCUGUGUCAGAUGUUACCUCACCACAAAUAUUUGUUAGACAAAUGUAUGUACUUACUUUAGAGGAAAAAAAAACGAUGUAUUUCUGUGAAUAAGACUACGAAUAAAUUAAGCCAUUUUAUUACGU